GAGGCGGCGGCGGCGGCCCGGGCCGGCCCCAUGGCGCGGGGGGACGCGGGCCGCGGCGGCGGGCUCCUGGCGCUGACCUUCUGCCUGCUGGCCGUGCGCGGGGAGCUGCCGUUGCCCCAGGAGACAACCGUGGAGCUGAGCUGUGGACCGGGGCCAGUACAGGUGGUCCUGGGCCCAGAGCAGGAGGCGGUGCUGGACUGUAGUCUGGGGACUGUCGCUGCCGGACCCCCCACCAGCGUCACGUGGAGCAAAGACGGAGGAGCCCUGCUGGAGCACAGCCACCUGCGCCUGCUGCCCAGUGGCUCCCUGCGGCUGUCCCGGCCACGGGCACCCACGGGCAGUGCUGAGGCAGCCCCUGGAGCCCCCGAUGGCAUCGAGGGCAGCUAUUCCUGCCUGGCCCAUGGCCCACUCGGAGUAGUGGCCAGCCAGGCUGCCGUGGUCAAGCUCGCCACACUCGCAGACUUCUCUCUGCACCCGGCGUCUCAGACGGUGGAGGAGAACGGGACAGCUCGAUUUGAGUGCCACAUUGAAGGGCUGCCAGCACCCAUCGUUACUUGGGAGAAGGACCAGGUGGCAGUGCCGACGGAGCCUCGGCUCAUCACUCUUCCCAACGGGGUUCUCCAGAUCCUGGACGUUCAGGAGAGUGAUGCCGGCUCCUACCGCUGCGUGGCCACCAACUCCGCCCACCAGCGCGUCAGCCAGGAGGCCCUGCUCAGUGUGGCCGGCAGAGGGUCCCUGGCGUCUGCCGGGGGGCAGGACGUGGUCAUUGUGGCAGCUCCGGAGAACACCACCGUGGUGUCUGGACAGAGUGUGGUGAUGGAAUGUGUGGCCUCUGCUGACCCCACCCCUUUCGUGUCCUGGGUCCGACAGGACGGGAAGCCCAUCGCCACCGACGUCAUCGUCCUGGGCCGCACCAACCUGCUGAUCGCCAGCGCGCACCCCGGCCACUCCGGCGUCUACGUCUGCCGCGCCAACAAGCCCCGCACGCGCGACUUCGCCGCCGCCGCCGCCGAGCUCCGCGUGCUGGCGGCCCCUGCCAUCUCGCAGGCGCCCGAGGCGCUGUCUCGGACGCGGGCCAGCACCGCGCGCUUCGUGUGCCGCGCGUCGGGGGAGCCGCGGCCGGCGCUGCGCUGGCUGCACGACGGGGUGCCGCUGCGGCCCAACGGGCGCGUCAAGGUGCAGGGCGGCGGCAGCAGCCUGGUCAUCACGCAGAUCGGCCUGCAGGACGCCGGCUACUACCAGUGCGUGGCCGAGAACGGCGCGGGCACCGCGUGCGCCGCCGCUCCGCUGGCGGUAGUGGUGCGCGAAGGGCUGCCCAGCGCUCCCACGCGCGUCACGGCCACCCCGCUGAGCAGCUCCGCCGUGCUGGUGGCCUGGGAGCGGCCCGAGCUGCACAGCGAGCAGAUCAUUGGCUUCUCCCUCCACUACCAGAAAGCUCGCGGCACGGACAACGUGGAAUACCAGUUUGCAGUGAACAAUGACACAACAGAGCUACAGGUUCGGGACCUGGAACCCAACACGGAUUAUGAGUUCUACGUAGUGGCCUACUCUCAGCUGGGGGCCAGCCGCACCUCCGCCCCGGCGCUGGCCCACACACUGGAUGAUGUCCCCAGUGCAGCGCCCCAGCUCUCCCUGUCCAGCCCCAACCCCUCGGACAUCAGGGUGGCGUGGCUGCCCCUGCCUCCCAGCCUGAGCAAUGGGCAGGUGGUGAAGUACAAGAUAGAGUACAGUUUGGGGAAGGAAGAUCAGAUUUUCUCCAGCGAGGUGCGAGGGAAUGAGACACAGCUUACGCUGCACUCACUUCUGCCCAACAAGGCGUACCGAGUGCGGAUCUCGGCUGGCACAGGGGCUGGCUACGGGGCGCCCUCCCAGUGGAUGCAGCACAGGACGCCCAGCAUGCACAACCAGAGCCACGUCCCUUUUGCCCCUGCAGAGUUGAAGGUACGGGCAAGGAUGGAGUCCCUGGUUGUGUCGUGGCAGCCGCCUCCUCACCCGGCCCAGAUCUCUGGCUACAAACUGUACUGGCGGGAGGUGGGGGCCGAGGAGGAGGCUGACGGUGAGAGCCCCCCAGGGAGCCGUGGAGACCAGGCUUGGGAUGUGGGGCCUGUCCGGCUCAAGAAGAAAGUGAAGCAGUAUGAACUGACCCAGCUAGUCCCUGGCCGGCUGUACGAGGUCAAGCUUGUGGCAUUCAACAAACACGAGGACGGAUAUGCAGCAGUGUGGAAGGGCAAGACGGAGAAGGCUCCCACACCAGACCUGCCCAUCCAGAGGGGGCCACCCUUACCCCCCGCUCAUGUCCAUGCGGAAUCCAACAGCUCCACAUCCAUUUGGCUUCGGUGGAAGAAGCCAGACUUCACCGCAGUCAAGAUUGUCAACUACACUGUCCGCUUCAGCCCCUGGGGGCUCAGGAACGCCUCCCUGGUCACCUAUUACACCAGCUCUGGAGAAGACAUCCUCAUUGGCGGGCUGAAGCCAUUCACCAAAUAUGAGUUUGCGGUACAGUCCCAUGGCGUGGACAUGGACGGGCCUUUCGGCUCCGUGGUAGAGCGCUCCACCCUGCCAGACCGACCCUCGACGCCCCCAUCGGACCUGCGCCUGAGCUCCCUGACGCCGUCCACCGUUCUGCUGCACUGGUGCCCCCCCACGGAGCCCAAUGGGGAGAUCGUGGAGUAUCUGAUCCUGUACAGCAACAACCACACCCAGCCCGAGCACCAGUGGACCCUGCUCACCACGGAGGGAAACAUCUUCAGUGCUGAGGUACGUGGCCUUGAGAGCGACACUAGGUACUUCUUCAAGAUGGGGGCCCGCACGGAGGUGGGGCCUGGGCCCUUCUCCGGCCUGCAGGAUGUGAUCACUCUCCAGGAGAAACUCGCAGACUCCUUGGACGUGCACUCAGUCACGGGCAUCAUCGUGGGUGUCUGCCUGGGCCUCCUCUGCCUGCUGGCCUGCAUGUGUGCUGGCUUGCGCCGUGGCCCCCACAGGGAAGCCCUCCCAGGCCUGUCCUCCACGGCCACUGCUGGGAACCCCGCGCUGUACUCCCGAGCCCGCCUUGGACCCCCCAACCCCCCAGCUACCCAUGAACUGGAGUCCCUUGUGCACCCCCGCCCCCAGGACUGGGCCCCACCACCCUCAGACAUCGAGGACAGGGCUGAAGUGCACAGCCUUAUGGGUGGCGGAGUUUCCGACGGCCGGGGUCACUCCAAGAGAAAGAUCUCCUGGGCUCAGCCAGGUGGGCCGAGCUGGGCAGGUUCCUGGGCAGGCUGUGAGUUGCCCCAGGCAGGCCCUGUGCCUUAUCUGACCCGGGCCCUGCUGCCCCCUGCUGGAACUGGACAGACGCUGUUUCUGCAGGCUCUGGUGUAUGAUGCCAUAAAGGGCAACGGAAGGAAGAAGCCACCCCCAGCCUGCAGGAACCAGGUGGAGGCUGACGUUAUUGUUCACUCUGACUUCAGUGCCUCCAAAGGGAACCCUGACCUCCACCUCCAGGACCUGGAACCUGAGGAUUUCCUGCCUUCGGAGGCUCCUGACCUCACUUCGGGUGUUGUGGAUUUAGGGCAGGGGGGAGACUGGCUGGACAGGGAGCUGGGAGGCUGUGAACAGGCGACCACUGGGCCAGACAGACUCACCUGCCUGCCAGAGGCACCUUCUUGCCCCUACCUGGACCUCCAGCCCAGUGAGGCUCUGGAGGAGGCCCCUGGGAACAGCUGCCAGUCCAAGGCCCCCUGCCCGCUGGGAGCCAGCCCAGGCUUGUCCAGGGCCUCCGUCUCCUCCUCUGCCUAGCUCCCCUAG